AAGUCACCACAGUGACGGUAGCUAACGUUGGUGCCUCCGCAGACAAUGUUUUCACUACAUCUGUGGCAAAUGCAGCUUCAAUUUCAGGACAUGUGUUGUCUGGGAGAACGGCCCUCCAAAUUGGGGACAGCUUGAAUACUGAAAAAGCCACUCUCAUAGUGGUUCACACAGACGGCAGCAUUGUAGAAACCACAGGGUUGAAGGGGCCAUCAGCACCUCUCACACCAGGACCGCAAUCUCCUCCUGCCCCUUUAACAUCUGUCCAAGAAAAAACUGGAACCAAGUACAACUGGGACCCGUCUGUGUAUGAGAAUGAGCUCCCAGUGAGGUGCCGGAAUAUCAGUGGCAUUCUGUAUAAAAACAGACUCGGCUCAGGAGGUCGUGGUAGGUGCAUUAAGCAAGGGGACAACUGGUACAGCCCCACUGAAUUUGAAGCAAUGGCAGGACGAGCCAGCAGCAAAGACUGGAAAAGGAGCAUCCGCUAUGCUGGGAGGCCACUGCAGUGCCUUAUUCACGAUGGGAUUUUAAAUCCUCACGCUGCCUCUUGUACUUGUGCUGCUUGCUGUGACGACAUGACGCUGAGUGGCCCUGUACGACUCUUUGUACCAUACAAAAGGCGGAAAAAAGAAAAUGAAAUGCCUGCAACUCCAGUGAAGAAGGAUUGCCCCAAAAACAUCACUCUGCUUCCUGCCACAGCUGCUACUACAUUCACCGUGACUCCUUCUGGACAGAUCACUACCUCCGGUGCUCUGACAUUUGACCGUGCAUCGACAGUGGAAGCCACAGCAAUUAUCUCGGAAAGUCCGUCCCAGGGUGAUGUUUUCACUGGAGCCGCUGUUCAGGAUACCAACGUACAGCAGCCUUGCCGGGUCAAUCAUCCAGAACCGCACUAUCCAAGUUACCAGGACAACUGUCAGAUUUCACCUUUUCCUGAAGCUGCACUGCCAACAUCUCAUCCCAAAAUUGUAUUAACCUCACUCCCUGCCCUGGCGGUGCCCCCCACGACCCCCACCAAAGCAAUAUCCCCUUCGGUGGUGAAUGGGCUGGAAGUGACGGAGCAGCGGAGCUGGCUGUACUUGGAAGAGAUGGUCAAUUCACUGCUCAACACCGCCCAGCAGUUGAAGACUCUCAUUGAACAGGCCAAACAGGCCAGCUCCUCCUUCCGCGAGGCUGCUGUCACACAAGCCAAAAUUCAAGCCGAUGUGGAGAGGAAAGAGCAGUCCUGUGUCAACUGCGGUCGUGAGGCAACGAACGAGUGCACGGGAUGCCACAAAGUCAACUACUGCUCUACUUUCUGCCAGCGGAAGGACUGGAAGGACCACCAGCAUAUCUGCGGCCAGUCGGCCACAGUGACGGUGCAAGCCGACGAGGUGCAUGUCACUGACAGCGUAAUGGAGAAAGUCACCGUCUGAGCACACCUACCUCUUUAGCCGUUCAUGAACAACGUGGUGUGGCCGGCUGGAUCGGCAACCCGGCGUGAAUGGACUGUCCU